AUGGCAACCCCAACCAUCCUAACAAACAUCACCCGCCGCACAGCAGGCACAAUAGCCCACGUCACAAUAUCCCGUCCCGCCAAACUAAACGCCCUAAACACGCAUCUCCUCACCACCCUCCCUUCGACCCUAAAAUCCAUAACAUCCGCAAAUGCAGACCUCCUCGCCGUGGUCCUCACAGGCGCAGGCCCCAAGGCAUUUAUCGGCGGCGCCGACAUUGCCGAAAUGGCCGCUUUAAACUCCCCGUCUUCGGCGCGUAGCUUCAUUUCCAAGGUCUCGGCUGCCUGUAGAAGCGUGCGCGAUUGUCCCGUCCCUGUUAUCGGGCGGGUUAAUGGGUAUGCGCUCGGUGCUGGAUUGGAACUUGCGGCGUCGUGUGAUUUUAGGGUCGCAAGUAGGAAUGCGGUUUUUGGGAUGCCCGAGGUUCGAGUUGGUAUUCCCAGUGUCGUUGAGGCGGCGCUACUUCCUGGAUUGAUUGGAUGGGGGAGGACAAGGCAGCUUCUCAUGCUUGGGGAGAAUAUUGGGGCUGACGAGGCGCUGAGAUGGGGUCUUGUGGAGAAUGUCGUUGAAGCUGAGGAGCUGGAUGAAGCUGUUGAGGCGUGGUUGCGUCAGUUGGACAUGAAUGGGCCGUUGGCGGUGCGCAGACAGAAGGCUUUGAUUCGGUCUUGGGAGAACGUUUCGCUGGAUCAAGCCAUUCAGGCGGGUGUGGCUGCUUUUGCGGAAUCAUUUGAUGCAGGUGCGCAUGGGGAAUUGACGGAGCCGGCGAAGAUGAUGGGUGCUUUUUUCCAGGGGAAGGGGAAGAUAUCUUGA